AUGAAUAAAGUUAAACCUUAUGUGUUAUUACUUUGUUCUUUUAUUGGUAUUGAUAAUAAUCGUUUCGAACAACUAGCACUUGAUAAAUGUCAAGCAAUAGAUUUAACAUUAGAUUAUAUACAAUCACCAUAUGAAUCACAUUUUGAACGAUUUUAUUUAUACGUCCUGCCUCGUAUCAUCGAUAAAAUUCAAUCGUUGACACUCUACAUUGAACAUGUUCCCAAAAUUAUCAGUUUUGUUGAAAAAAAUUGUGGUGGAAUUCUUCCAAAUUUGACACAUUUAAGAAUAAUGCUGUGUAUGCGAAAACCUAAAACAGGCACACCUUUUACGCUAGGAAAUGGUAUUUACAGUAUUUACCGCGAUUGUCCUCUCCAUUCAAUUGUACCUCAAUUUUGUCAACUAAAUCCAACUAUUAGUAGUCAAAUCUUAUCUAGUUUCGAUUCUUCACCAUUUAUGGGUUCUAUUGUAUCAAUUGAAGUUGAUGAUGGCUGUAUGUUAUCCAAUAUUUUUUAUGAUCACGAGUUGUUUUUUCCGCAAACAAAUCAAUUAACACAUAUCCAAAUAACAUUAUGUUAUUUUAACGAUUGUAUUUGUUUACUUACACAAUUGGGUACACAACUCUGUUCAUUCAGUGUCAGCAUUAUAUAUUUUAGUAGUUUCGGAAAAUGUCUUAUUUAUAAAAUACCAUCGAUUUUGUGUCCAAAUAUAAAACAUUUGACAAUGAGAAUCUAUCGUAAUUUUGAUCCCUAUAAGGAAUGCCUUGUACCUCUUUUACAACGUUUCUCAAAUGUCGAAUAUUUAACAUUAUUAUUAGCUAUUGAUAAAACAAAAUCUAUACCCAAUCCUUUUAUUGAUGGAUAUGAUUUACACAAUGACAUUAUUUCUUACAUGCCUCAUUUAUCUCAGUUUCAUUUUCACAUUCGUUCUGUAUUAGAAAAUGCUCCACAUAUUGAAAUUGAUACAAUUCGUCAAAGUUUUAUGAAACAACAUAAUCAAUUUAUUGAUUGUACAAUCGAUUAUUUCAAUAAUAAUUAUGGUCAAUGUCAAAUCUAUUCACUUCCAUUUAUUGGUACUCGUCUUGACUUUAUUUCCAAUCGAUUUCCACUUUUUGAUAUCAAUAACACAUUCACAAUGGUAACUGUCUUAUUACUUUUCGAUGAUAUUAAACCAUUCGAAAGUGUUUUCUUUGAAUGUCUUGCUCAAGCUCUACCUUAUCUUAAAACACUUGAAGUAAUUAAUGAACUUGAACAACAAGAGAAUAUAACAGUAUCGACAAACAAUCUUAAGUUUACUCAUUUAACUACACUGAUUUUAUUUGAUAUUCAUAUAAACUAUGCUGAACAAUUACUUUCUCGAAUUUAUCUACCUUGUUUAAACGAACUUGCCAUUAAUAAAGAUAUAUUGUUAGCAAUAAUCGCUCAAGAUCAACAUCAAACAAAAGAUAAUUGUUCUAGAGUAGAAAGAUUACGAACUUCCAAACCAUUAUCUGACUCAUUAAAUGCUAUUCGAAACUAUUUUCCAUCAAACUCCUAUGUGCAGCAUCCGAAGGAAGAAUAG